AAGAGAGGGGCAAAAGCGUAAAUAACACUUCGUCUUCUUCAACUUGAAAACCUAAUUCCUCUCCACGGCCGCGAUAAACUUUUCUGUAACAUAAUUCAUUUUUGGAGUAUGCUUUGCUUUAUUGAUUUUUCACAAAUAAACAUGACAAAUCUAUAAUAGAAACAUUGAUUUUAACAAAAUCUCAACGGAGCACUGCCGUGGAGCGAUUUAACGCCGUAGAAUCGGUCAAUCCGCCCGAGUUUUAGAACAGAAGCCCCGGCGACUACACCGUCGAACUUAAGAUUGUUUCAGAAUGGUAUCACGGGUUUUGUUCUCAGGCCAACUCACCUUCCCAGCGAAGCCGCCACGAGAAGCCCCGAUUGCUCCGUUAACGCCUUCCCGGAACGUUCUCUCCUUCUCCUUGCGAAGUUCUGUAGACCGAUUCGCGAUGCGGAUUGUAAAAGCUGCAUCCUUUACUCGGACGGUAGCAAAGGUUGACGAAGAAGCAAUAAGUAGGAAGAAGCUUGCUGUCUUUGUGUCGGGAGGUGGUUCGAAUUUCAAGAAGAUUCACGAGGGAUGCCUUGGUGGUUCAGUUCAAGGGGAUCUUGUCUUAUUGGUCACUAACAAGAAAGAUUGUGGAGGUGCUGACUAUGCAAGAAGCAAUGGGAUUCCUGUCUUACUAUUCCCAAAACCGAAACGAGAAUCAUCCGAUGGACUCUCUCCUACAGAGCUUGUGGAUGUUCUUAGGGAGUAUGGUGUAGACUUUGUUCUGUUAGCUGGAUAUUUGAAACUUAUACCGGCUGAGCUCGUCAAAGCUUUUCCUAAACGGAUUCUGAAUAUCCAUCCUGCUUUACUUCCGGCUUUUGGAGGUAAAGGGCUUUAUGGUAUGAGAGUGCAUAAAGCUGUUCUAGCCUCAGGAGCUAGGUAUUCAGGUCCAACCAUUCACUUUGUGGAUGAAGAGUAUGACACGGGGAGGAUACUUGCUCAAAGUGCUGUCCGUGUGGUUGCUAAUGAUACACCAGAGGAGUUGGCUAAAAGGGUUCUUGAUGAGGAACACAAACUGUAUGUGGAGGUGGUUGCUGCCAUUUGCGAAGAGCGGAUUAAAUGGAGAGAAGAUGGUGUCCCCCUCAUUCAAAGCAAAGACAACCCUGAUGACUACUAUUAGAUCCUCCACAGAAUGAUCUUUAGGUUAAACUGAAUCGUGUCUCAGAUUGGUUUGAAAACAGUGUUUCAACCUAGUUUAUAGUCUUCGGGAAGUAGAACAAGUUUUUGUCCGAAGUUUCAGAUUGAGAUAUGUUUCUGAAGCUAAAUUUUUGUUUCUGUUGGGUUGAAAUCAUGUGGAAGCAGUGUUUUUGUUGUAUAAAACCAUCUUUUUAUUUUUAAUUCCAGCCAAAAGCCCUUAUUUCA